CCUGGCUGACUAUAUCUGGUUCCAAUCAGAAACAGCUCAUUAAAAAAUAAUCAAAUCAAACAAAUCAUUCUUCAUACAGCAAUUUAUUUGAGUCAACUUGUGGCUAUGCUAACUUUUCCUUGUUUUUAGUACCAAUCAAACAAAUCAUUCUUCAUACUGCAAUUUAUUUGAGUCAACUUGUGGCUAUGCUAACUUUUCCUUGUUUUUAGUACCAAUCAAACAAAUCAUUCUUCAUACUGCAAUUUAUUUGAGUCAACUUGUGGCUAUGCUAACUUUUCCUUGUUUUUAGUACCAAUCAAGCUCAUUAUUUUUCUGGUCAGCUCAAUAAUUUUUGGUUUAAACUUUUUUAGUGAUUUUGAAAAACAGCUUCGAAUGAAUGAUUGCAUUUUUAAAAAAAAACUUAUUUGCACCAAUUUACUCGAUAGAAAUUGAGCUUUAUUGAGAAGUGAGGAGAAGGCAGCUGCUUUCUGAUUGGCUGCGAUGACUGGCUGCCCUGUUGGUCUGCUGAGAUGUAACAUGCGUCUUCUCUCUUUUUGGAUGGUGGUGGUUGCUUCUUCUGGCCUCCAUUGCGAUGGCAUCAUACAGUCAUUCCUCUGCUCCGACAAUGUUCGACUGACGUAUACAUUGGCCUACAGCAUCCCCACCCUUAAAGAAUGGGGUUUGACGAAGACCGAGUGUUUCGACCGCUUGUACAAAUUCAGUGACUUCGCCCAAAGCAUAGUUUACUGUCCCGCCCACCAUUUCUGUGGCACAAACAUAACCGUCAAUUUCCUAAACAGUUUCCCUUCUGUGACCAAAAGCGACAUGCGGGAGUGCAAUGUGUACGCCACUUCAAUCUGGGGUUGCGAAGAGAUAGAGAAACUAAUCCAGGACAGCGAAGUGAACGAGUGUGCCAAACUCAUGCAGGGCUGUGGUCCCUGUGAGAACUUCGUGGGGGGAUACUGGUGCAACUGUGUCACUGGCUUCCAGCCGGACUUUGCCGAGCAGAACUGUCUAGACGUUGACGAGUGUCUUGAGGACCCUUGCGACAUCAAUGGCUAUUGUGAGAACAACGUGGGAUCCUUCGAGUGCUUCUGCAACCAGGGCUACCAGGGAAAUGGGUUCAACUGUUCCGACUUCGACGAGUGUGUGCUGAGCGAGUCCUGUCACUGGAGGGCCCACUGCACCAACCAUCCAGGCACCCACAGCUGUGCCUGUUUCGCAGGGUUCGAAGGCGACCAAUGUGUGGAUUUAGACGAAUGUGAAUUGGGCCAAGAUAACUGCAACCCCAAUAAUUCUUUCUGCCUCAACACAGAUGGUUCCUUCGACUGCUCAUGCAUGGCCGGUUUCUUCAAGAACGACCUGGGGUCCUGCGACGAGCAGAACGAGUGUCUCCUCCCCGAGAACAGCUGUCCCCGCAACUCGGACUGUCUGGACCUGGUGGGGGACUACGGGUGCAGAUGUCACGAGGGGUGGAAGGGAAACAAGCUGGGCUGUGUGGACAUUGAUGAGUGCUUCGAACUGGAGGAUAAUCCCUGUGGCGAACAAGCCAAGUGCAACAACUCAGUGUUUCCGUAUGAGUGCAAAUGCUUUGAGGGGUUUGGCCCAGAACAACCCUGUCCAGAUAUCGACGAAUGCCAGCUUGAAAUGUGUCAUCCCAGCGCCGAUUGUACCAAUUCGCGGGGGAGCUUUAUGUGUGACUGUGCCAUUGGCUACGUGGAGUUGGGAGACCCAGAAGAUCCCCCCGAGAACAAAAAGUGCGAGCCACCUCCGUACUUCUUCGAUGAGGUGAAAUACAGGAACCGUGAGCUGGAAAGGGGGGUGCACAUCACGACACUGCAGCCGACUGCGGAGGACUCGUCCGAAGGACUGCACUUGCUGCACUUCUACACUCUCCCACCCCUCACAGACGACAAAUACUUCGUCCGGCUCCAGGUCUACACCGGCACAUACCACUACAGGAGGCUCAUCAGGUCGUGGCCCACUAAGAGGUACUGGAGCAACACUUUCGAUGUGUUCCUCAUUGUGCCUUUUGGGGAGGAAAUUGAGGACAACUUGGAACUGGAGAACAACAGAACCGAUCUGUUCCAACUCAGAAAUGGACAGUCCGACUUCUACGCCUGCUCGGCCGACUGUUCUCUAAGCAGCUACCUGCUGAAAGUGUGUGACCUCGGCUACUACAUGUCUCUCUUCACUGGAGCAGACUCCAAGUGCACCUCAGACAUGGAGGGGGUUGUGACGUCACUGCAGUUCUACAACACUCCAUGAGACAAUACGAUGAUGAACAGACUACAAAUAAUGAUGUGACAAGGGGAAAAACUCUAACUUCUAAGCUACUACUAAUUCAGUAGAGUGUGUACAACAGAGUGUGGGGAGGGGUCCCCGUUCUCCUUGUCCAAGUUUACCAAAAAGUUCUAUUUAUAGUUUCUUUUUUUUUCGGAUAAACAUUUUCGGAUAAAAAAUUAAAACUGAAAUGAGUGAUACUUGCAAAAAAAUGGUCAGACAAAAAUGGUAGCAAAUCUUUUCAAAAACUGACCAUUUUGUCAAGGUGUUUGUAUGUAUGUGUAAUGAGUGUGUGUGUGUGUGUGUGUGUGUGUGAAUUUCGGAAAUUGCAGAUUGUAUAAUACUUAUAAUUGCGUCUGUAAUUAUCCCAUCAUCUUCUGGAGGGUAAAAAAAAUAUUAUAAAAUUC